AUGUCGACGGCGGGUCGGUACAAGCACGUGGUGAAGCUCGGUGAGGGCACGUACGGCAGCGUCUACAAGGGCACGGAGAUUCAAACGGGCAAGGUGGUCGCGUUCAAGCGCAUGGUGGUCACUAGCGAUGACGAGGGUGUUCCCGGUGCCGCCAUCCGCGAGAUCUGCCUGCUGAAGGAGCUUCGGCACGACAAUGUAGUCGACCUCUUCGAGGUCCUCUUCGACCCCCCCAAGAUCACAAUGAUCUUUGAGCUGUGCGACUGCGACCUGAAGCGCUUCAUGGAGUCGCGCCCGAAGCGCUUGCUGGAUGCCGAGGCGGAGAUGCGGCCCAUUCUGAAGCAGAUCUUCAUCGGGCUCGAGUAUCUGCACAGUCGUAGCGUUGUGCAUCGCGACAUGAAGCCGCAGAACAUUUUCGUAAACGUGCGCGCGCCAGACUUUGCGGCGUUGACGGCCUCUCCAUCCUCUCGCCAAGAUCACCUGCAGCCACCACCGUUUAGCGGCGUCCCGACUGCUGUUGGCGGAGACGCGCAGUCGGCCGCAGGGAGCGGUGGACGUCCAAACCCGUUUGCAGGAGUGGACAGCGUACCGCCACGGGAGGCGGCGACGGCACCGAGUAACACACCAAACCAGCUCAUUGUGAAGAUUGGCGACUUUGGUCUGGCGCGUGUGGAGGAGAUCCCGGUGAAGAAGUAUUCGCACGAGGUGGUGACGCUGUGGUACCGCAGCCCUGAUGUACUGAUGGGAUCGGCGCUGUAUUCUUAUCCAGUUGACAUCUGGUCCAUGGGAGCCAUCUUUUUCGAAAUGGCAACAAGCAAGGUGCUUUUUAGCGGCCUCCACGAGGACGAGCAGGUACUGCGCAUGUUCUGGCUGUUAGGCUCACCGACGCGAGAGACCUGGCCGUCCAUGCUCUCCUACCCCGGCACGAUGGAGCGGCUCGAGCGUGCAUCGCGCGCUGCAGCGGAGCGGCCCGACUUGCGUUUCGGCAGCGACGUGUGCGUGCAGCAGCAGCCACCCUCCUCGCAGUCCCACAGCGGAAGCCGUGCUCCAGACCUUCUCACACAGAUUGCGCACAAGCGCUUCUACCACAGCUUGAAGACCAUUCAGCAGCGAGAGGAGAGUGCUCGCAGCUCAGCCAACACGUACCAACUUCCCGUCGAGCUGUGGUUUGACCGCCCGCUGUUCGGUGAGUACAUGUCCGCCACUGGCUUUGAUAGUUGCGUGACGGCAGAGGGAGUGGACCUUCUUCGCCAGUGCCUCCUGUAUGAGCCGAAUCAUCGCAUUACGGCGGCUGCGGCGGUCCGCCACGCGUACCUGCACGCCGUGCCCGUCCCCACAGCCGGCGCGUUGGACGUCCUCAUGACUUCUUUGCUGCAGACGAUGGAGGCCUGCCACUUGCUAUGA